GGCGGCAGCGCCACUCCCUCCGCUCCCAAUCCAGCCGCGCGCGUCUCAUUCCAGCGCCCAUUCCGCGCAUUCCUGCCGGGCUCCUCUGCAAACUCCGGCCCCGGGGGUGGGGACCGCCGCAGCUCCGCGCUCCGGCCCCGCAGCCGCCGCCGCUGGAAGACUUGGCGCCCCGAGCGGACCUGCUGCAGCCGGCCGAGCGCUCCCACCCCGCCUCCCGCACCCUGGGACCGGUCCGACGGGCGCUCCUCCAAGCCGAGCCUUGGAGGGCAAGGCCGGCAUCAUUACCUCCAACGAGUGGAGUUCUCCCGACUCCCCCGAGGGGAGCAGCAUCUCUGGGGGCAGCCAGGCUCUGGACAAGCCCAUCGACAAUGAUGCAGAGGGCGUGUGGAGCCCGGAUAUUGAGCAAAGCUUCCAGGAGGCACUGGCCAUUUACCCACCCUGUGGCCGCCGAAAAAUCAUCCUGUCGGACGAAGGCAAGAUGUACGGUCGGAAUGAGCUGAUUGCACGCUACAUCAAGCUCCGCACAGGGAAGACCCGUACCAGGAAGCAGGUCUCCAGCCACAUCCAAGUGCUAGCCCGUCGAAAAGCCCGGGAGAUCCAGGCCAAACUCAAGGACCAGGCAGCUAAGAACAAGGCCCUGCAGAGCAUGGCUGCCAUGUCGUCCGCCCAGAUCGUCUCCGCCACAGCCUUCCACAGUAAAAUGGCUCUUGCCCGGGGCCCUGGCUACCCAGCAAUCUCAGGGUUUUGGCAAGGAGCUUUGCCAGGCCAACCUGGAACAUCCCAUGAUGUGAAACCUUUCUCUCAAAACAACUACACUGCCCAGCCUCCGCUGCCUCUGCCAGGCUUUGAGGCUCCUGCAGGACCCACGCCAUCGCCCUCUGUGCCACCAGCUUCCCCAUGGCAAGGCCGAAGCGUGGCCAGCUCCAAGCUCUGGAUGUUGGAGUUCUCCGCUUUCCUGGAGCGCCAACAAGAUCCCGACACAUACAGCAAGCACCUGUUCGUGCACAUCAGCCAGUCGAGCCCAAGCUACAGUGACCCCUACCUCGAAGCUGUGGACAUCCGCCAGAUCUAUGACAAAUUCCCAGAGAAGAAGGGUGGCCUCAAGGAGCUAUUUGAAAGGGGGCCCUCUAAUGCUUUCUUCCUUGUGAAGUUCUGGGCAGACCUCAAUACCAACAUCGACGAUGACAACAACGCCUUCUAUGGGGUCUCCAGCCAGUACGAGAGCCUGGAGAACAUGAUUAUUACCUGUUCUACCAAGGUCUGCUCCUUCGGCAAGCAAGUGGUGGAGAAAGUUGAGACGGAGUAUGCUCGCUUUGAGAACGGCCGCUACCAGUACCGUAUCCACCGGUCCCCGCUCUGUGAAUACAUGAUCAACUUUAUCCACAAGCUGAAGCACUUACCAGAGAAGUAUAUGAUGAACAGUGUUCUGGAGAACUUCACCAUCCUGCAGGUGGUCACCAAUCGAGACACACAGGAGACCUUGCUGUGUAUCGCGUAUGUCUUCGAAGUGUCAGCCAGCGAACAUGGAGCUCAGCAUCACAUCUACCGGCUCGUGAAAGAAUGAGAGACUUGAAGAGCAAUGGUUGGGGGGACAGAUCCAGGAAAUGGGGACCUGGGAGGGAACCUUCAGGGCCAGCCCCCAGAAGUGCCACGAGAGCUGAGCAGAGAAGCCUGAUCUUGCAGUGCCCAACCCUCAAUAAACCCAACGUGCCAAGCAUUUUCAGAGGAGCUGGUCUGGCUGUGUGAGCCCGGAAGGGCAGGGGAGAAGGGGCACCAGGAAGCAAGCCCAGAGAUGCUCCCAGAUGGUCCAGGAGCCAGAAAUCCCCAGUCGACUCAGCUCCAGACACCAAAGCUCAAGACCCAGUGGUCCCUUCUCAGCUGCUGGAACCCUGCAGUCUGCUGCUGGUCACACUGGCGGCCCGAGGACAGAUGGCAUGCGGGUCCCACACCCAGACACGACCGCGUGCACACUAUCAGCCUUGCCAUCGCUGCCUGAUGAUAGCUGCCGCAGAAGGUCCCACCCCUGCAAACAGGGCUGGAUUUAGGUGUGGCUGGAGACUAGGCAGGAGUUACUCAGAUGGCCCUGCCUAGGACUCCAGACUGAGGCAAGGCUUGGAGGUAGGGAGUCCCGCUUCAGGGCCAGCAUUUCCAGCUACUUGACCCUGUCAGGCUCCUCAGCUUCUCCCUUUCCUCUCUGCUCAGCACUGGUGAGGAGAGGAUGUCUAUGAAGUACCUAGGUCAUGUCGGGUGGUGGUGAUGCGCACCUGUAAUUCCAGCAUUUGGGAGGAAGAGGUGGGUGGGUCUCUGGGAGGUCAAGGACAGCCAGGGCUACACAGAAAAACCUUGUCUCAAAAAAAAAAAAAAAACCAAACAAACAAAAAACCAAAACAAAAAACGACUGGGUACCGUGCCAGUUAAAUGAUCUGACCCUCAGUCCCAGCCCCUUGCUUCCUUCCCUCUGGAGGGCCUGGAUCUGACUCUCUCUGCUGCUCUCUCAAGGAUUCCCCAGUCAGAGCCAGUUUCUAGUAACUUGGAGCCUCAGGAAGAAAGAUCCAACCUGGGCAUGUUUGUAUGUGUGCCCAGAACUCAGGGAUGUAUCUGUGGGGAUGCAGAAAUGGGCAGGGCAGCAUCGAGGGGAUGCUACAGAAGUGAAGAACAAGGGCUCUGGAAUCAGUCUAGCCUGACUUUGUGCAACCUCUGGUGUGUUAAUGUUAUGGUGCCUCAGUUUCCCCAUCUGUAAAAUGGGUAUAACAUUCACCUACCUCGUGUAUAAACAGUGCCUCAUAUAGUGCUGAGCACAUCCACGUGUUCAAUAAAUAUGCAUCGGUACUAACUGUGGGAGCUUCAGCUCCGGCUGUGGAGCCCAGAUUGGAGAAUUACGCACUGCGGUGGGGGCGAUCCUACAGUGAUUGCCCUUCAGACAGGAGGGGUCCAGGGGUCUCAGGGAAGAGGUAGCCCUCGAGGGAACAAGUUCAGAGGGUAGGAUGGCUAAUAUCUAGUGAUGUUAUUUGUGUGAACUUGGUGCUGGGGCGGACCCCAGGGCUUGGCACAGGCUGAGUGACCAGAAGUAUGCAAAUAAGCUCAUGGGAGGAGUGUGGCUGCAUCUCAGGUGAGGUAGACAUGCAGGCCCCCAAAUUCCCUCUCCUCAACCAAAGCAAUUUAGCACAUCCCUCCCGCACCCACACCUGCUUCCUGCUGCAGUCAAAGGGGGCCAGGGGGCCAGUGCUGCACCCCUGGCCCUGUGGUGAGGUUCACCCCUCCACAUGCAGGCCUGUGUUUGAUCCCCCUCCCCAUGAUCGCUGCCUGGGAGCAGUGUUCUUGGGGGGCCCCAGCCUCGGCCGUUUCAGACUUUUAUGUGGGCUCCCUCUUGAGACAUGAAGGACACAACGUUUUCCUAUGGGAAGCAGGUCAGUCCAGAUGCUGGGUCCCAGUGUGGAUCCUGUUCUUCCUGUAUGAACUGACCUCAGUGGCUAAGGCAGAGUCACCAUGGAAGAUGGCAGUCUUAGUUGCUUCUCCACUCAAGUCAAUAUGGCACCUGCCAGCCCGAGGGUCCCCCCCAACCCACCAAUCUUGAUGACGGUACUGUGCUGGCGCCAUUUUUUCUUUUUCAGACGAGCUCACCCUCUCUGGUCUAGGCUAAUAUUUCCAGUGAUCCCCCUGCCUCAGCUUCCUGAGGAGCUGGGACUAUGGGUGCUUACCACUGUAUCCAGCAGUCCUAUUUUAAAGAUUAAGGAAGUGAGGCCCCGAGAGCUUAAGGAAGUUGCUUGGGUUGUUGGUGUGUUUUUCCAUUUGCCUUGCGAAUGGGUGUUUAGUUUCUGAGAUGUGUCAGGCUCUGGGAAUGUGUCCAUGAGCAACACAGCCAGGGUGGCUGCUUUGGACUAAGGAAGGGUUGACUAGGGACAAGUAAAGGAGACUUGUAGGCAGUGGGAAAUGCUGUGGAGGGGGAGGGCACCAGGGUUAGCACAACGGGAGGCCCGGAAGCUGUAGACUCCUGAACCCCAGGCAAGUGGAUCCGAAGGAUCUCUUCAAGAGAGAGUGGAGAGUCCUGGAGACGGGGAGGGAUAUGUUGAGUGACAGAAGGCAGACGUACCUCACCCAGCCAGCACACCAGUUAGGAAGGCAAUUGGCUCAGUUUUUUUGUGUCCCCUACACUCCCUGUGUGGAUGCUGACUUUGGCCUUCUCUCAGGGUGGUAGGGAGGCCGGGAGCUGUUAAGCAAGGGAGGGAGACCCUUUGAUGCUAUUUUUAGAGAACAUCCCUGGAACCCUGGGAUUCUACAAAGGAGCAAGUGUGGUCCUUGCUCUUGAGCCCAUCCAGCGUGUUCCCCUGGGUAUCUGGGGGUGGAAACUGUUUUCUGGGUCUCUGCCACUUGGCAGCCAUGUGAGAGGCAAGGGAGAGUGGACCAGAGAGGGCCACCCAUGUCGUGACCCCAGGAGUGAAACCCCUCCUGGUGUUACCUCGCCAGCAGGAAGUGUCACCAGUGGCAGUAGGGACAGGUGAAAGGUUCUCUGCUUCACAGGGCCUGCGGCUAGCAGCAGAUUGUACCGACAAGGUGUCACAGGAAUGGAAAGAAUGUUUCCUGACCAGAAAAACAAACAAAGCAAAACCAAUAGCUAAAAAAUAAAACCCACCCCCACACAUAAAAGGAACUAGUGUGUUUGUGUGUACAAGUGGUGUCCUAGGCCGCCCGGCGAAGGGGCCUGAGGUGUGGUCUUACAUCUCUGGUGUGCAGCGCCCGUUCUUUCCCGGGCUGGGGGUUGAGUGCAGGAGGCCUGAGAGUAGUCUGUGCCAGGAGGGAGCUUCCGGGUCCUGGGCCCCAGGCACAGAAGCGACAACAGGAAAGCAUAAGCUUCCCUUGGGUUCUAUCCAGUGACCUCCUGCCUGUGACCCCCGCUGAAAACCUAUUCUCUUUCUUAGAGCUGUGGUACAGGGGGCAGAGGCACCUUGGAUAACAUAUCUUAGAGAUCAGAAAGGAAAUAACCUUUUCCUCAAAGACUCUCUACACAGGAUGUAGCUAACUACUCUGCCCAGCCAGGUGCCAGGGUCACAGCUUUAUCUUUCUCCAACACUCACUCAGGAGGAGAAUAAGGCCAGCAGGGGCUGUACGGUGAAACCUGAUGUCUGAAAUAAAAAUUCUUUAAAAAGUGCCUGGACCUCGGCUUUUGUGUGUGUAUAUAUAUAUUCGUGAGUAAGGAAGGGCACAAAUGGGCACGACCCUUCCUAGCGAGCCAGAGCCCAGGCAGUGGAAAUGGUGUUUUUUUACACUCACAGAUGUCUGAUACUCAACUUUAAGGCUUUUGUAUUUUUUUCUAUGUAAAUCCCCUUCGUCUCUUCAGAUCUUCAGUAAAGUCUGCUACAAACACA